CCUGCGGUGGCAGUGUGUGUGUGUGAAGGUUAACGCUAGCAGUAGCGUGAGCGGACCUACUGAAGCUGUGAUGGUAAUUCAGCCACAAGUAUCAGAAUAAGUCGUUUUAACUGGCGACUUUACAACAGUGUCAGAAGCUCACAGGCUCAGCUGCUCAUCAGUCAUGGCCGGUCUGUCCAGCUACGCAUUGCGCAUGGCCAGACUGAGUUCACAGAUCUUUGGGGAAGUGGUGCGUCCGACAGACUCCAAGUCUAUGAAGGUGGUCCGGCUGUUCCAGGAGCCCCCUUUGGCCAGGAGGAAGGAGGUGUAUGACUGGUAUCCACAGCACAAUAUUUACUACGCUAUGACCAAGAAGCUGAGGUUCAUGGGACUGUUCAGAGACGAGCAUGAAGACUUCAAGGAGGAGAUGCGGCGUCUGAGAAAACUACGAGGAAAAGGGGUACCGAAGAAGGGAGAGGGGAAGAGAGCGGGAAAGAAGACAUGAACUGUAACACCUCCACUCCUUCAUCGUUACACAGGACUUCAGUUUGGAGGCAGACUGAAUCACUGUGUACGCUGUCACUGUGGGGGGAUUCAAUCCUGAGUGUUUGCCACUGGUCUGUUUUCCUAUGCUGGCAAGAACAAUACCUUUAGGCAACAUUACACAUAAAUGCUCUCAUCUGUGUCUUUUGUAUUGAACUGAUUUGGCUCCUUUUAGUAUUUAUUACUGCGUUUCAGUCACACAGAGCUAAUCAGACAUUAGCAUGUGACUUCCUGUUAGGUACCACUGACACAAGCAGCUCAUUAUCAUCAUCUGAGGGCAGAUACAACAGUGUUACGCCUAUGGUCACGUAUUUGUAUGAUUCAUGGAGUAAAAACAAAUCCUGUUGUGUUGUAGCUACACAGCUGCUUAUGUUGACUUUUGAGUUAAUGUUAGCUCGUGUUAGCUUGACCGUGGAUGGAAUGGCUGAAAACGAUGUCCAGAACUAGACAGAACUUUGUGUUUUCCAAAUAAAACCAACAUGAGGAAUGUG